AUGAUGCGAUUGCGAUCGCCGCUCCCUCCGCGAACCCCCCCGGAACCAACUCCUCUCGCAACGCGGAAUGAUGCGACCAAGCAAGAUGGCCCCAACACGAAAUCCACAAAGGAACUCAUAGACCAUGUCCUCGAUUUCCUUUCAACGUCCAGCAAUGAAACCCUCAUUGGCGUAUUUGCGCUCUUAAUGCUCGGCACCUACAUUAUACUCGGACGGGUUGGCCUGCUGCUUAUCGGUGUCAGCUUAGGUGUUGUCCUGCAUGCGUCAUGGGAGGGGACAUCCCAUGGAGGAGGAAAUGAGGAAACGUCUCUCAGAAAACGAAAGGAGCUUGCAUUGGAGGUUUCUCAUAGACUUUUGGACUGGCCUCAGCGCGCUGCAGCAGCAGCCACUGCCGCUGCCACUGCCGACUCUAAAGUCGAUAGUGGUGCCGUGGCGGCUUGCCCGGAGGAUCUUUCAGAUGAGGAUCUAGAGUAUUUGACCUUUCGGCCGGCUACCGCUGCUGCUCUGAGAUUGCUCACUGAUACGGUCAUUAAGGACUAUGUCAAAUACUGGUAUAAACCGAUUCUCCCCACGGAGACUAUUUUUCCUACCUCCUGCCGAAGGACCCUGACCUACUUCGUCACGGCCGUUUCGUCUCACCUCUCCCAUAAGAGAACGGAAGACACCUUCCUACAAUUUCUCACGAACUCCUCGUCUAUAAUAAUUGUGUUUUUCAACGAACUUGCCGCCGCAUUUACGGCGACUGGGUCUGCACCCAAUGACGCUAAGCAAAUCGUGGAUCAGUAUCUAGAGAAUUCCCCAGACAGCAGUCUCGCAAACGUUCUGUCCGAAGAACAACAGCGAAAGAAAAUGAGCAUGAUUGCGGACGAUAUACUGUCGAAUUACCUUGAUGCAAAUUCAUACCGCUGCUCGCCGGUCCGAGACUUCCUGCGGGAAAUUUUCGCCGGGGUCGUGCUCGAGUCGACAGUUACUAGCCUUUCUCGGCCGGAAUUCAUCAAUGAUUGGAUUAUUUAUCUUCUUCAGGAUGGUGAAUCUGAACUCAUGCAUGCUAUUGAUGCGGGUGUUGAGGGAGCUCGCAAUCAAGGUGUUGGUGCCGGCGCAUCUAAGGCCCAGACCCCGGAGAAUAUCAAGGCACCCGCUGAACCGAAGCUAGAGAAGAGCGCGGAGCGGAAGUCGGAAUCGGCGGACACGGCGACAGAGGAGGCGUUGCUAGAGGCAAAGCGAUUGAGUGCUUUGAUUGCUUCUCAUGAUGAGCAGAGCGUACCAUCCGAUCAAUCGAUACAUUCGGAUCGACCCGAGCGAACGAGUAUCUCGGUUGAAGCUGAUAUCGAACAGCCCGGUACUACCGCCAAUGGCCCCGAGCAAAGCUCCGCGGCCAUUGAAGGUCAUGUCCCGACCGGGUCAUCCUCCACGCUAGUGCCAGAGCAGCCAGCGCCCGCUGUAUCUGCUGCACGCCAAUCCGGAGAAGAUACCCCGGCUCCCAUAAGUCUGCAUGGUGCUCAAGUCCUGGUGGACGACGACUCGGCAUCAAGUGAAAAGGGGACGAUCAAGUCUCGGCCUACAUGGGAUUACCUGCUACAGGUCGAGCCGACGUCUACCCGGUCUACUGGCUGGAUGGUAUUUCGCAAGUAUGCCGACUUCCAGUCUCUCCACGAAAUGCUGGAGGCGGUUUCACGCCUGAAUAAUAUCCAAAGUUUCUCCAGCAGAUUUCCCGCGCUGCCGCCGUGGAAAGGAAAGACGAGACAGGAACUUGCACACGAGCUAGAGAGAUAUCUCCAAGAAGCUGUGAGACAUGAGUCUCUUGCUGAUACCGAUCGGAUGCGACGCUUCUUGGAGAAAGAGGCGAACCCCAGCGAGAAAAGUACACCCAAGUCCGGAUUCUCGUUCCCUAGUCAGAGCGCCUUUGAAAACAUGGGCAAGGGAAUGCUGGGAGCUUUGACGAAUGCUCCUAAAGGUGUUGCUGGGGGUGGUCGUGCGAUGUUUGAUGGGGUUACGGGCGUUUUUGGUGGGCAUAAUCGCAAACCGACACUCUCUGCUGAUCGACAGUCUACGCACCAGAAGAGUCCAUCCAAGACGGAACGAGAUCUUACUCUUACCCCUAAGGAGGCCUCGGGCUCUGCCACUGAUCUGGGCCGGGUCAAUUCUUCGCCCGUUGGCUUAAACAUCCACGCUCGCUCUGCCGAAGACAGGUCAAGCGAGGAAGAAAGUGCACGCAUUUCCUCAUCCUCUACGACCUUAUCUCUGGAUGCAUGGAAAGAAGAGAAGUCUCAAUCACCAGAACCUAGUGAUAAUGAUAUCAAGGCGAACCCAACUCAAAUUGGGCAAAACACAUGGGCCUCGGAAUCGACGCUCGCAUCCUCGGCGGGUGCCAACUCCAAUUCCUCCGAAUCAACCGACCGCGCGGAAGCAGAGAAGAACGGAGAGACCCGUACCCCGCAGACGCCGAAGCUUUCAUCGGAGAAUAGCACUGGCGCCGAUGAAAGUGAAAGCUCAGGAAACAUCAACCACACCCCUCCGCCAUCACGAUCACGGGCCCCCAUCACAGCAGACGAAACCCAGAUAGCGGUCGAACUAAUCUUCGCCGUGAUUAAUGAGCUCUACACAUUAUCAUCAGCCUGGAAUAUCCGUCGCACGCUGUUGAACGCAGCAAAAUCGUACAUCCUGCGUCCCGGAAGUCCAACGCUGGACACAAUCCGCGACUUGCUACAGGACUCGAUGAUCGAAAGCCACACUUCGGACGAUGCUCUCGGCGAGUAUAUUAAGAAACUACGCGAGAAUGCGCUCCCGACCGAGGAGGAAUUGGCCGCUUGGCCUGCGCCCCCGACCGAGGAGGAGAAGACUCAACUACGAGACAAGGCAAGACGCCUAUUCGUGCAGAGAGGAAUUCCCCAAGCCCUCACGAGUGUCAUGGGUGCUGCAGCUAGCCGAGAAGCCCUUGAAAAGAUCUUUGACAGUCUCCAGGUUGAGACAGUCGCGAGGGGAUUCGUUUUCUCCGUUAUGCUUCAGGGGUUGCGCGUGUUGACUCUCUAA